AUGGACAGUCCUCUAAAAAUAUUUGAGGUGGAAUCUGGUGCCAUGGAGGAGUGGAGGAUACCAAUCAACACAAAAAGAAGAUGCUUAUGUGAAACUCUGAAAAACCGCAUGCUUAAAGGUGCUGGAGAAAGGGAGGGGUGCUGUAGAGAUUCUGUGCUGACUAAUGCAGGCGUCGGAUCCAAUCUAAACAUCAAUGGCUCUGUGGAAUGUGAUGCCUCUAUUAUGGAGGGAAGGAAGCUGGUGUUUGGAGCAGUUGGGGCCAUUUCCGGUGUAAAGAACCCAGUAGAGGUAUCGGCCACACUGGUAUCCAGACAGUUAGGGGACAAGUUGUCCCUGGGGAGACUGCAUCCCAGUGUCAUUUUAGGUAAAGGAGCUAAACAGUGGGCUGGAGAAAAUGGGAUAAAAAUUUUGGAAACCGGAUGCUUAAUAACAGAUGAAGCUCGGAAAACUUACCAGAAUCACAAAAGGAAACUGGACAUUGUAAAUGAGAGAGAAACCAGCAAGAAAAGGAGACUAACACAACAGAAAAAUGACAAAACAGGAGAAAGUUGUGAUGUACAGGAAGAAGAGAAGAUACAGGACACGCUGGGGGCUAUCGUCAUGGAUACCAGUGGUAACAUAGCAUCAGCGGUGUCCAGUGGUGGAAUUUCUUUGAAACAACCAGGAAGACUUGGCCCUGCAGCGACGUAUGGUGCUGGAUGUUGGGCCUACAAUCAGAGACCAGGAAAACCAGGGGUGACGACAGAAACGGACAAGGGUAAAGUGCGUUACCCUAGUCCAAGAUGGCGAUAG